AUCGGAGCAGCAAAACCUUCCCCUGGUCGAAAUUGGCCUCGGCCCCCGUGCCGUGGUGCACAUGUGAGGAUUUACAUCGGAUUUCUCUCUAUAUAUAGAGGGUUACUCUUGCAGCUUCCAUGACCACCAGCAUCGAUACAUUCUUUAGAUCGCUUGUCUCCUACAGCAAUCGGACUUGAGCAUUCGUUUAGCCUACACAGUCUAAUAUCUAUUACUCUAAUCCACCGUCGUUCUCAUCGCCAAAAUGAAGUUCACCAGUGUUCUCUUCACUCUCGGCCUGGCCACCAGUGUUUUCGCCAACCCUACUAAGGUUGUCCGUGAGCCCAGCCUCGUUGAGCGUGAUGUCGCCGCAGUGACCAGCGUUCUUGCCGACAUCGAGACCAAGGUCAAAGCGCUUGACUCUGCCAUCAACAGCUACAGCGGUGGAGACCCCUCCAAGGUCGAGUCUGCCUCGAGCGACUUGGUCUCAACUAUCAACUCGGGUACCAGCACUGUUACCGGCAGCGACGACCUUAGCUCCACUGAUGCUCUUGAAAUCCCUGGUCCUGUCCAGGACCUGACCAAGGACGUUCAGACUGCGGUCAACGACCUGAUCUCGAAGAAGGACCAGUUCGUCUCGGCUGGUGCUGGUGCCACUGUCUACCAGCAGCUCCAGAAGCAGUACACUGCUGCCAAGAACCUGGCUGACGCCCUCACUUCCAAGGUUCCUGACUCCCUGUCUAGCCUUGCCAGCUCCCUGUCGGCUGGUAUCACCGAUGCCAUCCAGAAGGGUGUCGAUGAGUACAAGGAUGUUGCCACUAGCUCUGGCACCGCUUCCAGUGCUACUUCCGCUGCCUCUUCCGCCAGUGACAAGACCGCCACCAGCGCUGCUUCUUCCGCCACUGAGAAGAGCGAGACCACCGCUGCCGCUGCGACCACGAGCGACUCUGCUACCACUGGUGCUCAAACCUCGUCUCCCGUGAUCCCCACCUCCGCCAGCGCCUCUGCUACCCCCUCCAGCUCCAGCACCCCCUCUGCUUCCGCCAGCUCCACCCUCUUCACUGGCGCUGCCAACUCUGACCGCUUCAACUAUGUCUUCGGCGGUGCUGCUGCCGCUGCUGCCGCCAUUGCUGUUGCCUUGUAAGGGGCACCGUCGAAGAUGGCCCGAGCCUGCAAUGGAUAAACGAUUGUGAAGACCCAAGUGCAACGGUUAUCGACAAGUGCGAUCAUGAAAAGAUAUGGGCUGGCCAUGUAUAUCUAUUCACCGUUGAUUGAUUUCAGCCCGGGAUUGUGGCUUAAUGUGUUUGGUUUUUGGUUUGGCUUAGUUUUUCCUGGAUAUCUAAUUGG